UAAAAAAAAGGCCAACGGAGAAAGCAGAAUUUCAAUCGAGCAUUCUUCGCCGAUAAAGCGAACUUUAAAGAGAAUCCAACUGCCGGGACAAUAUUUUAUGCAAUACCGAAACAAAAUUAUCGUGCCUUGCAAUUUCUUAUUUUUCACUGUACUACGUUACAUUAACCGUCCUCAAUGGAAGUCAGGUGCAAUCGAGAACCAAUAAUGGAAGCGGAGUCGAGCAGAGGUUUAAAGAAUGGAAUCCGGGAAGGCAGAGAAAGCAGCUCCAGUUCAGGGGAUUCUCACGGAAGCCUCCGGAAUUCUUUGAUGGAGGACCAGCAGGAGACUUUCUCAGCUUCUGCAAUCUCCGAUGACUGCAGUAAAACAAAAUCUAGUACUACUGACCCGGACUAUUGUAGACGAAUUCUUGUAAGAGAUGCAAAGGGAUCUAUACGAGAAAUAAUUCUACCCAAAGGACUCGAUCUUGACCGGCCCAAGCGCACUCGAACGUCGUUCACAGCUGAGCAGCUAUACCGUUUAGAGAUGGAGUUUCAGCGCUGCCAGUACGUUGUUGGACGAGAACGAACGGAACUGGCCCGACAGCUCAACUUGUCGGAAACGCAGGUAAAGGUCUGGUUUCAAAACCGACGCACGAAGCAGAAAAAAGACCAGGGAAAGGACUCCGACGUUCGGUCGACGGCCUCUGAGACGGCAGCAACGUGCAGCGUGUUACGGCUCCUGGAACAAGGCCGGCUUCUGUCGCCCCCCGGCUUGCCCGGUAUCCUGCCCUGCGCCACGAACAGUCUAGGAUCGACUCUGCGCGGCCCCGUAGUCGGCCUUGGCACCACACUGGGCACAUCGUCACUCACGGUGGGGACAUCGGGAGCACCGACACUGAGCACCACCCAUCCCGGACACAAUGUUUUCAGUAUGCCGGUACCGUCUCUUAUCGGGACGGUAGCUACAAGGCUCACCUCACCCUUAACUGUUACUGGAUCUUUGACGGGAAACUUGCAGGAACUGUCUGCUCGAUACUUGAGCUCUUCCGCUUUUGAGCCUUAUUCCAGGAAUGGCAAAAUAGAAACAAUGGACAAAAAAAUAAUGGACUGACAUAUUCUUCAGGAAACAGCAUUGCUUUUCUGUUGAUCCGUGUGGGGCUGAAAUUUAAAAAAUGGAAAAUAAUAAUCAUAUAACAUGUACGCAUACAUACGUUAUGCAUAUAUAAUCCAUUCCCAAAGAUCUACCGAGUCAGUUUAGGUUAUUUUGUAAAAAUAAACUCUGACACAACCUCGUUCAGUCUGGGGGUCAAAUUGACUGCUCUUGCAUCAGUUUUUAAAAUGGUCCAAACUGCACCUCUUUAAGAGAAAACAACCAGAUCUGGUAAAGAGCUCUGUUGAAAAUAUGACAGUCUGUGCGAGUUCAUACGCAGGCAACUUAUGCGACUUGCCGAGUAGUGCGGUGUAAUUUUGAAUAUAUUUAAAAUUGCAGCUUGGGUAAGUCAUCCAACAAAAUUAAAAAAUACACUUUUUAAGAGUCAAGUUCGUAAAGGAACAAAGUAUUUGAUGUUCAUGUUGCUUGUACUAGCUCAGUUAGAUAUGUCAUGAAUGAAGGUUGUACCCUGUCUGGUCUUCUGUAUAAAAAAACGUAAAUUGUUUUAAACACGUGCCACCAAACAACUGAUAUUCUGAUGUAUAGCUUUUAUCAUGGUAUAAUAAUUUGAAAGAGAUAAAAUCUGAAAUUGUAUUUUAUUGUAAAUUAUUCAUUAACGUCGGUACUUAAUAGACUAAUGGUUUAAUGGAACGGCAGUGAGUGUAUUUAAAGCUAAAAUAGAGUCAAAUGAACGCCCUUGCUACUAACUUGAUCUGUAUUUUGUCGUUUGUUAUCUUUUUGCAUGUA